UUCUAGGCAACAUAAUAGAUCAACAAAUUUACAAUUUGAUCUGUGUUGCAUUAAAAGUAUUAAACCGGAAGUACAACACUAGACUAUUUUCUAAUAAUCUAGCUAUCUAGUGAUUAUCCAUGUUGGACACGAUGACUAGCGGAAAAAGUUGGGCCGAACAGGUCGACCAAGGUGACGAGGGUCUUCCUCCUCCAACAGAAGAAUUUGAUGAAAAGAGGGGAAUCAAAACAAUUACAGAGUAUAGAAAUGAAGAUGGGAAAGUUAUUAAGACUAUCAAAACGUACAAGAUUGAAACAGUUAAACUUUCUAAAUCUAUAGCUCAGAGAAAAAUGUGGAAAAAGUAUGGUGCUGCAGCUAAUGACCCACCAGGGCCUAAUCCUUCCAACACUAUUAUGACAGAAGAAGUUUUUAUGCAGUUUGUUCAGAACAAAGAGACCCCUGUACCAGAAGAAGAAGAUCCUUUGAGUAAACUGACAAAACAAAAGAUUGUACAGUGUCGUAUUUGUAAAGGGGACCAUUGGACUACCAAAUGUCCAUACAAAGACACAUUACAACCCUUACAGGAAAAACUGGAAGAAGGUGCCAAAAAGCCAGAUAUUGCUCCAGUUUCAUCAUCUCCUGCACCCAACAAACCUGCUGGUGGAAAAUAUAUUCCUCCUACUUUAAGAGAGGGUGCCAACAAGGGCAGGGGAGAGACUAUGUCCAAUCAGAGAAAAGGAGAUGAAGCUGCAACCAUCAGAGUUACAAAUUUAUCAGAAGAUACAAGAGAGUCAGAUUUACAGGAACUCUUUAGGCCUUUUGGUCCUAUAUCUAGGAUAUAUCUGGCAAAGGAUAAGAAUACUGGUCAAUCAAAGGGUUUCGCAUUUAUCAAUUUCCAUCGGCGAGAAGAUGCAUCCAGAGCUAUUCAAGGUGUUUCUGGUUUUGGCUAUGAUCAUCUUAUCCUCAACGUAGAAUGGGCUAAGCCUUCUACUCAGCAAUAGUGACUCCUUGACGUACUGUUUGUUGAUUCUGUAUUUAUAUAAUUUGAAGUGAAGGGUGGGAUAGGGUGGAACAUUAAUUUUACUUCUACAUUUGUUGUAAAAAGAAAAAAAUGGUCAAAUACCUACAUUUUUUAGAGGCUAUGUUAGUUUGGACUAACUAACUUUAUAUAUAUAAUAUUAAAAAAAAACACCACUAUUUAUUUAAAAUCAGUAAUAGUUGUAAAUUAUAUAAUUUUUUUAUUAUGUAUAAACUACAAAAAUAAAAAACUUUUUUAUUUUACUUGAUAAUUCUCUUAUAAAUAUUCUUAUAGAAUUAGGUAAAAAAAAAAACAAUAAUAAAUCUUUUUCCUUACUUUUAAUGAUGGGGUAUUUUUUGGUUUUUAAUUAUCAAUUAAUAAAAGUUCAUCAUAAAGUUUGUGGCUUGCUCAUUGAUGCAAUGUAUUAAAACUUUGGUGAAACCUG